AGAUGCUUGUUGCUGCAGUGGCACUUACCAACACUGGCCACUGAAACAACAACUGCUUCUUGCUCGUUCAUUGUAAAACAGCGAUCAUGUCCCGACUUUCUCUCGUCGUUUUGGCAAUCGUGCUCACUGGAGCCUCCGCAGGAUUGUUUGAAAGUUUGCAGCUCGACUUCAAAUGUCGUCAAGCUCUCGCACCGACGUCCGAGGCUCUGUCAGUGUACGGCUCGGCUCUCAUUGAGUGCAUCCAGAAGCCUGAAAUUCCGCUGUCUUUCCUCUGGGCAUUCAUCCAGCAGCCCCAGAACUACAUGCCCACUACGGAUAACCUGAUCAGGCUGGUCUACCAGAUCAUCGUCAACAGAGCCAAGAGCGAUGCUGUGUCCACAGUCAACGAGUAUCUUGGAGUAACCGAUGAAAUCUACGCGCUGAGGAAGUGCAUGGCCGGAGUCGGAAAUUUCUCGAAGGCUGACGGAAGUUUCGACACCUCGAUCCUGAGUGCAAGUCUCCUCUCCCAAGUGGCCGGCACGGAUUUAGAAGCCAACGUGCAGAAAGGUAUCGCUGGCUGCGGCCAAGUUACGGACUUCAAGGUGUACCUGUACCUGAACUGCAUCCAGGACUACUGCGCUGGACGCAAAUAAGUUCAGUCUCCCUUGAGCAACACUCGGCCUUUGGACGCAUGUGAAGAUUGAUAAAAUGAACACGCCGAGUAAAGAAACGAAAGAGCA